AUGUGCACUCUUGAACUGCUCUCUUUCCUUUUUUAUAUUUCUCUUCCAUAUGUAGUCGAGAUGCCUCUACAUCGCACAUUGACAUUUGGUGCAGCACACAUAUUUAUGAUAUCGUACAUGCUUGCUCUCCUUCAGAUUUUUAUGAACCGCAAUAUAAAUUCUCAAGAAACUGAUCAAUCUUCACUUCUUUCUAAAGAGACAUCUGCUGUUGACAUAAACCUUCAGCCAGAUUUAGAAGAUGAGAAUGAAACUCCAUUAGAAAAUUAA